AUGGAUGGACUUGCCCGCCGUGUCCAUCAUGAUGGCCCUCGUCCCGACCCCUCGCCGCCCGCUGCCGCCAUCGACCUGCCGUCGCUCCCCCGCUCGCCGCCCCAGUCCACCGUCGCCGUCGCCGUCGCCGUCGCCAGCCAUGACCCCAUGCCCCAGCAGCUGGCCGCCUUGAAGGCCGUGCUGCGCGAGGCCGACCAGGACGCCUUCUGGCUCCACCUGAUGCACGGUGUGGCCGCCCUCGGCCGCGCCCAGGCCGUGUUCGUCGCCCACGGCGCCCGCGUACGCGAUGCCGACAACGAUGUCGAGAUGCCGUCUCUGGACGAAAGGGGUUCGGCCGUGCUGGGCGUGGCGGUCUAUUACCACGACGGCCACGGCCUGGACGGUCUGCAUAGGGACUAUAAAGAUCUGCUGCGAGACCUUCCGUGCGUCGCGAUGAAUAACCACAAGGUGUGCCUGGUGCCCGACGCCUUACGCUCCGUCGUCGGCACCGACGCAGAUCGCUUUCCGUUGCCCUUUGAAGCGUACCUGGCCAUCCCUCUGUUCCUGCCCGACGGUUCCUUGGCCCACCUCGGCUUGUUAUGGACCGCAGAAGGCUUGCAGACCCAAACUGCCUCGUGGCCGUAUCUUGAAGUGUCCCUCCGCUGUCUGGAGGAUAUGGUUGUUCAUCGCUUGGCAGUAAACGAUGGCCCUGCAAAAGGUAUGCAUGGUCAGAAAGGGGAUGACUUGGAUCGACAGCUCCAAGGCAAACAGCAAAGGCCUACCCUACACCAGGCUGCCCUCAUGGCCACCCCGGCCUUUAAACCCUAUGCACGAAGCCUAUCACAUGAACUUCGAACUCCGAUGCAGGGUGUCGUCGGCAUGCUCGAUAUUAUGCAUGCGACCGUUCAAGAUCGAAUCGAGAAUGACCAGGACACAAGGCUAAUUUCAAUGUUCACCGAAUUUCGCGAGAAUAUCGAGACCAUUCAAGACAGCGCAAGACGGGCUAUAGAGGCCGCGGACAACAUCGUACAUGCGUAUAACUUGAAUAUGCAGGUUCCCGAGACGCCUCGGAAUCCGUCUGACGACGGAAUGCAGCAUCCCUCCUUCUCCCCCGGCAAUGAGACGUCUGAUAGCCGCCCGAACAUCUUCAUCGAAGGCAGCGACAUCUUGGUCAAGCCCUACAAACGUAGAAGAAGCGCCCCUGUGGACUGGCAAACCACAUCGUCGCCAAAGCAUCGCUGCACUCCUUCGUCGCGUAGAGGAUUGUCUCCUCGCACCGCCGAGCUAAAGGCCGCGAUUGAAGAGAGCGACAAAAUAGUCUGCGAUGCUGUGCACGAUGACAUGGAGGCUUUCGUAGGUGCAGUUCCUCAAAGACCAUCGGCAACCCGUGAACUGUCAUGGCCACGGACCACCCGUGUUGUAUUCCCUCCCAUGACUCUGCAUUACACAAAAAUUCGAGACCUGCUUCGCCUCGUCAUCAACGAGUCGCUUCAAGUUGGUGGCCGGCCGGACUUUGCGAGGGUCGAGUCCACAGAGCACGGAGAGAGGAUUGAAGUCCAAACCUUAAGCUGCAAUAACCAGUUUUUUACCAAAUACAUUGACUGGUGGGUAGACCCUUUGGUGCCGGAGAUCUUAUGUGUCGAUGAAAAGGACCUUACAAAACUUAUUUCUUGCGUUUUUCUUAACGCCCUCAAAUUCACAGAAGUGGGAGAGAUAACAGUCACUGUCACCGUUGGUGGCAAGCCUCAAUGGGUCCUCAUCAACGUAAUUGACACAGGCACUGGAAUACCAGACGAUUUUCUACCAAAUCUGUUCAAGCCUUGGGCCCGCGAGGAUGGCUCCACGACACGCAGCAAGGAAGGGCUAGGCCUUGGCCUAAUGGUCGCCAAAGGAUUGUCGCGGAAGCUCCACGGAGACCUACUCUGCGUUCGUUCAUCGAUAGCUGGUCCAAAUCGCGGAUCUGAAUUCCAAAUCACCCUUCCCGUAUUUCCCAAUGAUAGCGUGAGCCGGCCGCAAACUCCCUACACUAACGACAAUCCCUCGACACCUAGAUCAACCGUUGCAUCCGUUGGCACUGAUGGAAUUCACAGCCAUUCGGCUGGCCGGUCGAAAUCCAUCAUUGAUGAGGCUUCCUCGCCUUUAGCCUCCCCAAUUUGCCUAGACGAAAAAGCACUUGGCCACCAACCUGGCCCUGCACCGGCCAUAAGGAGCGCCUCUCGACGCUUCUCUGGGUUGUCAAGACCCAUCACCCUAUUGGGCCAGUCUUUUGACAAAUUCUUGGCCCAGAAGCAUCCUUUGACGUUUCUCGUUGCCGAGGAUAACAAAAUAAACCGUCGUAUAUUGGUUAGCAUGCUGGCCAAACUCGGCUACCAUGAUGUAUACGAAGCGUUCGAUGGAAGAGAGGCUGUUCGCAUCGUAAACGAGGUGCUCUCCAGCCAUUCCUCGCAUGCUCCCGCACCAACUACGCCGUUGAGUUCGAGAAGCGGCUCAGACAUUACAUUAGACAACGCAUCGGCUACCUUGCCAGCCGCUGCUGCCCCUUUUACCGAUCCCGUGCCGAACGACACGCAGACCCAAACGCCUCCCGACUCCGAUCCAGAACUGGAUAAAGUAGGGGCUCCAAAACAACAUAAGCCCAUUGACGUUGUUCUUAUGGAUCUUUGGAUGCCCUAUAUGGAUGGAUAUGAAGCUACCGAGAAGAUUUUUUCCUUGUUCGAUGAGCACAGACAACAGCUCGAAAACCUGCGACUUGGUACGGAUAACGAUCCUGCCACAACCCUACAGCAUGUGGCUCUUAUACCGCCCACGGUUUUGGCGGUCAGUGCCGAUGUCACCGAUGAUGCGCUUGACAGGGCGACUAGAGUUGGUAUGGAGGGAUACAUGACAAAGCCGUUCAAGCUGAAGGAUUUGGAGAGGCUGAUUGCGGAAUUUUGUUCUAGACGGGACAGAUAA